UUCUUUUAAUAUAUAUAUAGUUAUAUGAUGGUAGAUAUGCUUAAAUCAUAUCAUUUUUAAUGAUGUCUUCUUCUCUACGUACCCAGAUUACCAAACUUGGUCAAAGUUAAGCAAGUUAGAGCACCUGGAUCUAAGCUACAACGAUUUCAACGAUGACAUUCUAAAGUCCGUGGCUAAUCUCCCAGUUCUUAAAUUUCUAUCACUGCACGAAAAUUUAAUGGAAGGCCCCCUUUCCAACAAUGGUUUGUGUGAACUAAGGAACCUUCAAGAGUUGGAUCUUAGUGUAAACACCUGCGAAGGAAUCCUUCCUCCAUGUUUGAGCAAUUUAACAUCCCUUAGAGUGUUAGAUCUCUCUGCGAAUCAAUUCACAGGAGACGUUUCUAUUAUCAUAUCAAACCUCACAUCUCUGACACACAUCAAUCUUCAGAAUAAUCAUUUUCAGGGUUUAUUCUCAUUCAGCUCGUUAGCCAAUCAUUCCAAGCUUGAGGUUCUUGAAUUAGGCGACAACAAAUUGGAGGUGGAAACUGAUGAUUACUCAAAUUCUAGGGCUCCCAAGUUUCAGUUGAAAGUCCUAGGGUUAUCAAACUGUAACCUCACCGGUGAAAUACCCAAGUUUCUCUUUCACCAAUACAAAUUAAGAGAAAUAGAUCUCUCCCACAACAACUUGACAGGAGUUUUCCCUUACUGCUUGCUUAAUAACAAUCCAAGACUUGAAGUUCUGAAUCUGAGGAACAACUCUUUCACGGGUCAAUUUGAUCUGUCACCACGCCUUAACACGAGUAUUAUUUUGAUGGAUGUUUCUGCCAAUUACUUUCAUGGCCAACUUCAAGAAAACAUUUCAAUGAGUCUUCCAUACAUUUCGUAUCUAAAUUUAUCCACAAAUUCUUUCAAAGGUAUUCUUCCGUCAUCACUUUGCAACAUGAGUGCCUUAAAGAUACUGGAUUUGUCUGUUAACAUGUUCUCUGGAGAAGUACCAAAGGAAUUGGUUUCAGGUUGCAUCAAUUUGAAUAUUUUGAAAUUAUCCAGAAAUAAAUUUCAUGGUCAAAUACUCUCAACACACUUCAACUUGACCAACUUACAGGCUCUGUAUUUAGAUGACAACCAGUUCUCGGGAAUUUUGUCCAACACAAUUUCCGAAAGCUCUGAGCUGUUUGCGUUGGACAUUAGCAACAAUUACUUCUCCGGUGUGAUUACCAGCUGGAUAAGUAAUAUGACAGAUUUGCAUGCCGUCAUCAUGCGAAAUAAUUAUUUCAAAGGCCGGUUACCAUGUGAACUACCUAUAGGCGAGCUCUUGGAUGUCUCUCAUAACUCUCUUUCUGGAUCAUUACCUUCUUGCUCAAACCAACUGACAUAUAUUUAUUUGCAGGCAAAUAAAUUCACGGGACCAAUACCAAAUGCUUUUGUCAAUUCAUCAUCUCUGUUGAUAUUGGAUGUUAGAGAUAACAGCUUAUCCGGCAAAAUUCCGAAUGGGAUUAGCGCACUCUCCGACUUAAGAGUACUUCUGCUAAGGGGAAACCAUUUGAAUGGUUUAAUUCCAAAUCAGUUGUGUAAGUUGAAUAAGAUAUCCCUUAUGGAUCUUUCUAACAACUCUUUUUCUGGGUCAAUUCCUCGUUGCAUCAGUAAUAUCUUUUUUGGAAAGAUAGGGCCAAAUGACCUCGUGCUUUUAGAUAUCAGAUAUUAUGUGAAUACAUUUGAAGUAGAUAAGAAAGCUGAAGCUGAGUUCGUUACAAAAAGAAGGGCUAGUUCUUACAAAGGUGAUAUCAUAAACUUUAUGUCAGGAUUGGAUUUGUCAUGCAACAACCUAACAGGUGAAAUCCCACACGAGCUAGGAGAGCUAGUUGAGAUUCUUGCAUUGAACUUGUCUCACAAUCAGUUAAAAGGAUCCAUCCCCAGAGCAUUCUCUAGACUGACUCAAAUAGAGAGCUUGGACCUUUCUUACAAUAAGUUGAGUGGAGUGAUCCCUAUAGAGCUGAUUGACCUGAAUUUUCUGGAAGUCUUUUCUGUAGCUCACAAUAACUUAUCGGGUAAAACUCCUGACAUGAAGGCCCAAUUUUCGACAUUUGAUGGAAGCAGCUACGAGGGAAAUCCUUAUCUCUGUGGACCACAAUUAGAGAAAAAUUGUACCACCAUUGUUCAGUCUCCAAACACACCAACAACAAUUUCAGAAGAAAGUGAGGCAAAAUGGUAUGAAAUCGAUCCAGAGGCUUUUUAUGUUACUUUUUACGUGUCAUACGUCAUGUUCUUAUUGGCUCUGGCUUCUGUUCUGGGUAUCAAUCCCUAUUGGCGAAGAAGAUGGUUCAAUUUUAUUGAGGAGUGUAUGUAUUCAAGCUAUUACUUUGCUUCUGAUGCUAUCUACAAGCUAUUGGCUCGUUAGUAUAAUUAGCUAGUGUUUGCUUAUGUAUACAUAAUAACAUCAUUCGAGUGUAGUAAUGCUAAUAACUAGCUUUAUACAUGCUCAAGGUUGAUAAAUCGCUUGGUUCA